UAUUAACACCGAAAAUAAUAAAGACGAAAAAUACAUUACAAUUAAUAUUGAAGAUUUAGAAUUAAAAGAUGAAUCCGAGGCAUCUUCUGUCUUUACAAUUGUUAAUGGUGAUAAUAAAUAAAUUUUAUUUACAACCACGUAAUGUGCAUGCCGUGUUGUAUAUUAUGUACUUUUUUUUUAUCAGCUUAAUUUUAACAACAUUUUGCUGCCCCAGAUCAUUUGUCACACCAAGAUUUGUAAACUCAAUUUUAAUAAUAUAAAGUUUUACUCAUUUGAAGUUUUACAUAUCCCUGUUCUUCCCUUAUUAUAAAAUACAUUAUGUUUUUCUCUUUAAGA